GGGAUAUGUAGAAAUAUUAUGGCGGCUAUUUCAAGGAGAAAGUCGGAGAUGGCAGCUUCCUUCAAGGCUAGACUCGAGAGUCUAGACUGUCCAUAUCUGGAGGGUGUGGAGGAGUCCUGGAUCACUCAGCUCAUCUUCACACCAGGAGAACACAGGUUACGGCUCCUGCAGUGGCUUUUCAGCAGGAUUGAUCCCAAGCUCAGUGAUAUUGUUGAAGGAUACCACAGCACACAAGAGAGAGAACAAAGGUUAUUGUUUUCUGCCUCCAUUCUGGGACUCUGUAAGAAGGAAGACCUUGAUGUUGUUAGAGGCACUUGCUCUUUUUCGGUACAAGCAUCAUUUGUGGACCAGUUGUUAGACAUGGUGUGUAUCAUCGACAGUUCUCAGGAUGCCACUCAGAGGGCUAUGUCCAGUCCUGGACACAUCAGUGAGUCAAGACCACUGGAGGAGCAGGCUGAGGCUGACUGCCAUCUCAUGGACAGGCUGAGCAGACAGUACACCUUCCAGGCCAUGUUCUCUCACAAACUGGACCUCCUGCCUCCAGACAUCAAACAUAGUGUGGAGAAAGGAUGGGGAGAUGCUGGGCACCAGAAGGGAUCAGGCCCAGACCCCCCUGAUGUUAGUACCUUACUGGAAGCAGCAGCAGGGUUAAACCGGCAGCUGGAGAUCAGCACAGCUCAGCUGCAGGACCUACAGACCAAGUAUACGUAUGGAGAACCUGAUCCUGCCUCUGUCAGUAAAGUGAGCCGGACACUCGGGCUGGUUCUGUCCGAGUUAGCCCAGCUGCUGACCGGCUUCUCGUACUGCUAUGAGCAGGAGCUGCGCCCGUGGUGUAACCGCGCUCCUCCCGUUCUCAGUGAGCUGGGCCCUGCCUUCAGGAGAGUCCACAGUCUCCUCACCCACUUAACCCAGCUCCUGGGCAGUCUGGACAAACUGAAGACUUCGUACAGAAGUAUCUGCCAAGGAACUGACCCACUGGGAGACCAAGUGUCCAACAGACACGAUGGCCUUUUCAACAGUCUAGCAUCGAUUAGCCAAUCAGCUGCCUUGAGGCUGCAGGACUGCAUGAGUGCCCUGGACCAGUCUGUACGUCGCAGCAGUGCCCUCCAGGACUCCACUCUACUGGCCUCAACAACCUUGUCAUGAUGUCAAACAUCAAGUCAUCUUCACCUGGGCUCAACUUUGUCUUCACUUCACUGGAAGUAUCACCUGGGCUGAAGACAUUGUCUACGUGGUGCCAGAAAACUUGUUUGGAAAAUGUGAAGAAAUGAAUUCACUGACGA